AUGUGGAGGCCGUCCGUCUUCCUCUCCUCCCUCCCAGAGGCUGCCGUCCUCCGAGGAGGCUCCAGUCGCUGCCUCAGCUGCCAAUUCCAACUUCGCAACGCCGUCGCCGCCGCUCGAUCAAGACCGUCUCUUCGAUACUAUGCCAGCAGCAAUGGCAAGGAUGCCGGGAAAUCGCCCACCACCAAACCCCCGGUCCCUGAAAAGGUCCAGUUCCAGCAGCACGCUCCUCCCUCCUCUGAUUCCGCGCCUGAACCCGGCGACGAAGACUUCACACCGCCGACCCUCGACCGACCCAUCGGAACGGUCAUCCCGCCGCAAGAGGGCCAGAACUCGGGCGUCGACUCGCGCAGCAUCCGGCAGCGACGCGAUGAUUUCGUGAACUACGAUCGACAUCUGGAGCGACGGAAAGAACUAACCCGCCAAGUCGCCAAACCCUACUUCCGCGAAUGGUCGAACAUGCGCCACCACGAGGGCAAGACCUUCCGAUCCAACACCCGGCUCUUCAAGCGCGACAAGGCGCUCUACUUCCCGAACCUCAGCGGGAUCACGCUCUCGUCGCCCAAGGAACCCCAGGACACGACGGCGCUGCUCCGCGGCAAAGUCAGCGUCAUCAACCUGUUCUCCAGCGUGUGGGCCGAGUCGCAGGUUGCGACCUUCACGGGGCCCAAGCAGAACCCGGGGCUCUACGAGGCGUUCCAGACGGCCAGCCCGCUCGUCCAGAAGGUCGAUAUCAACGUAGAGGAGAAUGCGCUGAAGGCGUGGCUGGUGCGCAUGUUCAUGUUCCGGAUGCGGGCGAAGCUGGACGCCGCGCAGCACCCGCGGUGGUUCAUGGUAAGGAAGGGCCUGACGGAUGGGCUGCGGGAGUCGAUUGGUAUGAUGAACAGUAAGGUGGGGUAUGUUUAUCUGGUGGAUGAGAAUUGUCGGAUCCGGUGGGCGGGCAGUGGUCCCGCUGAGGCGGAGGAGUUGGAGGCGCUCAACAACGGCGUGCGCAAGCUGAUCCAGGAGAAGAGGAUCAGUAUGGAAUCGGAGCUGCCGGCCCAGGAGUGGGAGGCUCGGACGGGUCAGGAUGGCUCGGCCAGUCUGAAGCCCCGGGUGGUGAUGCCGUGA